CGGAUGAACUAGAAAAAUCUAAUUAAAUUCUGGAUGGAAAAAGAAAAGAUGGAGGAGGGAAAGAGUUAAGGCGCUGUUGCCGAUGCUCAAUCCGUCCCUCUGGGCUGGACAGGGGCUGUGCUGAGGGAGGAUACUUGAAGAGAUGCAACAGAUCUCAAACCCCACAAACUGCCAUUGACUCAUUCUUCUCCUUCAACACAGACUCAACAUAAAACCAUGGAGGAGGAAUUUUAUUAGGCAGGUUGAAGAACCACUUGGACACAUCCUUUAGGAGUUUAGAGACAAUGCAAACGCAGGAGGUGUUCUUGGAUAACAGGUGGUUUGUCAUGUCUUCGAGGCCUUAGCGAGCGUAAUGCCGCGCUCACGACACCGGCAAGUCCUUCUACUAGUUCCACUUGUCUUGUGAUGCUCUAAAUCAGAUAAGGGAGUGACCGGCGGCUCGCCUCUCCAUCCAAAUCUAUGAUCAGCUCGGUGUGUGUUUCGUCUUACCGCGGGCGCAAGUCGGGCAACAAACCUCCGUCCAAAUCAUGUCUGAAGGAAGAGAUGGCCAAGGCCGAGGACUCGGACAAGAUCAUCCUGAAUGUGGGCGGCACGCGCCACGAGACUUACAAGAGCACGCUUAGAAGUAUCCCGGGCACGCGCCUCGCCUGGCUAGCCGAGCCGGAAGCGCAGCUGGACGCCGGCGCGGAAGCAGCACAAGCGCCCGCCACUAACGAGUUCUUCUUCGACAGACACCCGGGCAUCUUCGCCUACGUGCUGAACUACUACCGAACCGGGAAGCUUCACUGCCCGGCGGACGUGUGCGGCCCGCUGUUCGAGGAGGAGCUCGCCUUCUGGGGCAUCGACGAGACAGAUGUGGAGCCAUGCUGCUGGAUGAAUUACCGGCAGCACCGCGACGCCGAGGAGGCGCUGGAUAUCUUCGAGCCACCCGAUCCUGAAGACGUCGACGACGACCGGGACGUACCGCGGCGCUUCGGGAUCGAGGACUGUCCCCAGCGCUCCAGGGGCUGCUUCGAAGUGUGGCAGCCCAAAAUAUGGGCUCUUUUCGAGGAUCCGUACUCAUCCCGCGCCGCCAGGGUCGUUGCUUUUGUCUCACUCUUCUUCAUCUUGGUGUCUAUCACAAACUUCUGCCUUGAGACCCAUGAGGCCUUCAAUGAACUCCAGAACCGUACUGAAGAGAUUUCGGAUGGCAACGCUACCAAGAUGGUGUCUACUAUUGAAGUGGUGACGAAUCCUGCACUUACGCUGGUGGAGGGCAUCUGUGUGGUGUGGUUCACAUUCGAGUUCCUGGUGCGCAUCAUUUGCUGUCCUGACAAGCUGCUCUUCAUUAAGAAUUUGCUGAAUAUCAUUGACUUUGUUGCCAUUCUACCUUUCUACUUGGAGAUUAGUCUGAGCGGACUCUCCUCCAAAGCUGCCACGGAUGUGCUUGGAUUCUUGCGAGUGGUGCGUUUUGUGCGCAUUCUGCGGAUCUUCAAGCUAACCCGUCACUUUGUAGGUCUCAGAGUGCUUGGCCACACGCUGCGUGCCAGUGUUAAUGAAUUCUGUCUCCUCAUCAUCUUUCUUGCUCUUGGUGUUCUUAUCUUUGCUACAAUGAUCUACUACGCAGAGCGCAUUGGUGGACACCCUGAUGAUCCAUACACGAACCGUCACACUCAUUUCAAGAACAUUCCGAUCAGCUUCUGGUGGGCUGUGGUCACUAUGACUACGCUGGGUUAUGGGGACAUGUAUCCUCAAACCUGGCUGGGUAUGAUGGUUGGUGCUCUGUGUGCAUUAGCAGGCGUUCUAACUAUUGCCAUGCCAGUCCCUGUUAUUGUUAAUAAUUUUGGGAUGUACUACUCUCUGGCAAUGGCGAAGCAAAAGUUGCCCAAAAAGAAGAAACGCCACCACCGAAACCCAGACACAGCUUUGGACUCAGCCUCAUUUGGAAAGUCUGAGAGCAACUCGCACAGAAAUAGCACCCAAAGUGACACCUGUCCUCUUGCACCUGAGGAAAACAUUGCAAGGAACCGUUCAGACUCCAAACAAAAUGGUGAUGCUAAUGUAGCUCUAUCAGAGGAUGAGCCGCUCUCACCCAGCGAGAGGUGGUCCCUUCGCCGCUCACACAAGCGAGACAAGUGCAAGAAAGAGGGUACCUCCUUCCUCCUGACUUCUGGAGACUUUUCCUGCAGCACUGAUCCCACUAUCUGUACAGGAAGCUGCAAAGACGCCCUUACAGCAACAGCCAGCUACGGCCAGACCGAAGUGACUACAAUGACGUGAAACAACAUGAUUAGAUGAAAACGAGUCCAUCAGAGAUCCUAUCCAUUAGAGAUCCCACUCAUUUUCUCUGCUGGACUUCAGUCUUUUAUCCAGCAGUCCCAGCCAUACGCAUAAGAAAGUUCCCUUUCUCUAAACUACAACAUACUUGCCUGCAUCCCAGCAUGUCUUUGCAUGAUCUCACUCUGUAUGGCGUACCUUGACAAGUGAACGAAUUCUUUUAGGCACAUCUGAAGUGGUGUGUACUGUAAGUUGUCUUUCCUGAAGUAAACUUGUCAACAACAUUGCGGGAAUGUUUAUUCUCAUGCGAGCGAUAGUUUCUUUGAUAGCAACAUUUCGAAACAGUCACAUAUUAAUGAGCUGGGGUAGGACAUAGAAACAUAGGUAUCAUAUUUUCAUAACAGAAGACCUGUAGUUAUAUUUAUUAGGUGUAGCUUUAAACACUGUCCACCUCCUUGUUAUACAAAUUGGAAGGAUAGAUUUUUUUUUCUUUUGUCUAAUGAAUAACAUUUGUUUUGUAUCUGAUUAGCACCACGCCAGAGGUUUUCUGUAGAGACAGCAGAGCAUGCUGGAACUAAAUAAGGUGCUUUUAGGAGGCCUUUUGUCUCUGGGUAAAUCCUUAGGCAUUUGCUUUGAGUAGCCAUUUUCUUAUGUCAAGUUAUUUGCAUUCAAGACGUUUGCUCUCCUUUUAACCUUUUGAUUGGGAUUAUUCUAUGAAUUAAACAAAAGGCACAUUAUUUACAAAAAAUGUUCAUGGACAUAAAUUAAACAUUUGACAUCCUAUAAGUUUAUUAUUUCAUUUUCUAUGUCCAAUUUAAGUCACUGGUUGAAAGGGGACCAAGCACCAUUACAGUGUGUGUGUGUGUGUGUGUGUGUGAAAGAGAGAGAGAGAGAGAGAGAGAGAGAGAGAGAAAGUGUGUGUGUGAAAGUGUGUGUGUGUGUGUGAAAGUGUGUGUGUGUGUGUGAGUGUGUGUCUAGAGAGAGUUUGAGAGUUUGUAUGUCGGGGGAUUUAGUUGACUAUCCAAACCUCCUUUACUGUAUAUGUGCUAUAUUCUGUUCCCACUGUGCCUAUUGUAAUGUAAUGAUGAGGUAAAAAUAUACAAAAAAAAAUCACAUAACAGAAGUAUAUGAAAUAUAGUCUCUGAAAUGGUCUUUUAGAUUUUAUUUCUUAUUAGUCUGCCAUAGUUGCCUUAUGUUUCUUAACCAAACAAAUGUUUUAUUUUAACAAACAACCCCACAUUUAAAUUACUAAAAUACUGUUUGUAAAUAAAAGCACACUUGUACGUACAGUAUGUAGCACAGUAUGUUAGGCCAUUGUGUAUAUUACAGUAUAAAGAUAUCAUCCACAAAUGCAUUUUAUCAGAUUAUGGUCACAAUGUAUAAAACAUAAAGAGAUUAUUUUUUUCUAUUGUAUUUAAGUUUUUUUCAUUGCCUCCCCAGUCACCUGUGUGUGUUACAGGGAAAUGGCUUCUCAUGUAGAAUUGUAUGGUACCGUGCAGUAACUUUUAACAAAAACUGUAUAAUGUGUGUCUUGAUGAUGCUGUUAACAUUUUGUUUCAUGUAGGCAUGUUUCUAUGCACCUUUGCUGGAACAUAAUUAAAUAAAAUAUUCUCUCAUU